AUGCCGAUCCGGAGGGGUCGUCAGAAGACUACACGCAAGCGGGAGGAGGAGGUGGACAUUGACCUGGAUGACCCUGAGAUCAACCACUUCCACUUCCCCUUCCAUGAGUUGAUGGUGUGGGCUGUGCUGAUGAAGAGACAGAAGAUGGCGCUGUUCUUCUGGCAGCAUGGGGAGGAGGCCAUGGCUAAAGCCCUGGUGGCCUGUAAGCUGUGUAAGGCCAUGGCCCACGAGGCCUCCGAGAACGACAUGGUAGACGACAUCUCACAGGAGCUCAACCAUAACUCCAGGUACUAUAGACCACAUAGAGUUGAAAACAAACACAGAGACACACACAGAGUCAGACAAGCAAUCACAAACACGUAAGCAUUUGUAGAGUUUGCCACACAUGUACAUACCCACAACUGAACGCGCGCACACACCUUCUCAGCUAACCAAGCGGUCAGAGUAUUUUUUCUGGUCUGAGCACCACUUAUUUCAUGGAAAGUUUUCUUCUGAAUGAUUAAUGUGGAGUUGAGCUGGGAGUCUGGACUGGAGCGGCAUCCAUACUCCUCCUCUCAGCCUGACCUGCUUUAGAUAACACACACAUCUCAUAGGACCGCCAUACAUAUAUAGAGCUAAUGAUAACACACAUAGGGUACUCUAGCAAAUGACGUACAUGUAGUUUAAUUAAUGGUAUGUGUGUGGGAUGAACCUUCGUGUUUGUUAUUUGUGUGUUCUUGCUCAUUUAAAAAGACUGUUAUGAAAAUGUUGGAUGUUGAUCAGAGGGAAGAACUCCCGGGUGCCACACACAAACACACACACACACACACACACACACACACACACACACACACACACACACACACACACACACACACACUGCCAUUCUCUUCAAAGCUCUGACUCUUCUCUUUCUGUCAAGUGCAGACCAUAUUGGUGUGUUUGUUCCUCAGAGAGUUUGACCAGCUUGCUGUUGAAGUCUUAUCCUAAUCCUUUGACUAGUGUUUGUGUACAUCAUGUGUGUGUGUGUGUGUGUGUGUGUGUGUGUGUGUGUUUGUGUGUGCGUGCGUAGCAGUGCAUUUAUCUGUACGUUAUGCUGAUAUGUCCGACUGCAAUGUAGCCUAGUCCAUCUCAAGCAUUCACUGUGUGACAUCCUAUAUGUGUGUUUCAGUGAGUUUGGCCAGCUAGCUGUGGAGCUGCUGGACCAGUCUUACAAGCAGGACGAGCAGAUGGCCAUGAAGCUGCUAACCUAUGAGCUGAAGAACUGGAGUAACGCCACCUGCCUGCAGCUGGCUGUGGCCGCCAAGCACCGCGACUUCAUCGCCCACACCUGCAGCCAGAUGCUGCUCACCGACAUGUGGAUGGGACGCCUGCGCAUGCGCAAGAACUCUGGGCUAAAGGUCAGAGGGUCAGGGGUCACACAGUCCAUUGGGUUUCAGAGGUAGACCAGCUGACAGACAGACAGACAGACAGACAGACAGACAGACAGACAGACAGAGAGAGAGAGAGAGAGAGAGAGAGACAGACAGACAGACAGACAGACAGACAGACAGACAGACAGACAGACAGACAGACAGGCGGACAGACGGACAGACGGACAGACGGACAGACGGACAGACAGAUGGACGGAGAGAGACAGACAGAGAUAGACAGACGGAGAGAGAGAGCGACAAAGAGACAGAAAGACAGACAGAUGGAGACAGAUAGAGAGGUGAAAGUGUAUACUGAAAUAGCUGUUGCAAUUACCCCGCUUGGCCUGCUGGGAAUAAUGGCUAAUGAUAUCCCAUAUUUGAGCUGUCGCUUGACCAUUCCUAACACUUUUAAUGUUGAUUUACGACAACGCACCUUUAAAUACACUGUAAAGGCUUGUGCUAUUAUUCAGCCCAGCCAAGUAGGUUAGCCAGUGAGUUGGUUAUGGUUUGAUAGCAUACAGCUGCUUAGAUCAUGAAAGGACACAUUCAUUUAUUAUUAUGAGUAGCUGUGCUUGGGGACCGCUGGGUGGUUGUGUAGUGUAAGGAGGAUGAAUCCAGGUGCAGUAUAGAACUGGUUGGGAAACAGAUUCAAUGGAGCAGAAACCAAAGGUAUAACAAACAGGCUGAUAUACACUGAGGAGUAGAUCACACAGCAAAUAGCACUACACACUCAUCAUGACCCAUAAAGCCCCACCACACACAUGCCUUCCUGUCUGGGUUGUAUUCACCAGGCACCAAAUGGAGGAAAACGGACUGAAACAGGAAGGCACUACUAAAACUUGUCCAAUGAGAAACACUUGUUUUCGUACUUUAGUUGCAAAACGUUUUUCUACGGUGUGCAUUAAUGAAUAAGACUGGCCUGCUGCCACAGGCCUGAAGAAGAAAGUCAGUUAGUGAGUGGUGAGAAGAUGGAUUGGGUCCUUAUCCACUUAAGCAACUUCCUUAUACAGCUUCCUUGACACUACGUGUCCUUUCCUUCACUCAUCUGAAACAUUUUAAAGUUUUACAUUUUAGUCAUUUAUCCGCGCUCUUAUGCAGAGCGACUUAGAGUUAGUGCAUUCAUCUUAAGGUAGUUAAGAGAGACAUCCGCAUAUCACAGUCAUAGUAAGAAAUGUUUUGGGAAUCAAGGUGCUCACCCAGGUCUAAGUCAUUGACGGGGCUGUUGUGGAGCGGGUCCAGAGCUUCAAGUUCCUUAGCGUCUACAUCACUAAGGACCUAACAUGGUCCACACACACCUGCACAGUUGUGAAGAGGGCAUGGCACCGCCUCUUCCCCCUCAGGAGGCUGAAAAGAUUUGGCAUGGGCCCUCAGAUCCUCAAAAAGUUAUACAGCUGCAACAUCGAGAGCAUCUUGACUGGCUGCAUCACUGCUUGGUAUGGCAAAUCCACCGCCCUUGACCGCAAAGCACUAUAGAGGGUGAUGCGGACAGCCCAGUACAUCACUGGGGCCGAGCUCCCUGCCAUCUAGGACCUCUAUACCAGGCGGUGCCAGAGGAAGGCCCGAAAAAUUGCCAAAGACUCCAGCCACCCUAGUCAUAGACUGUUCACUCUGCUACCGUCCGGCAAACGGUACCGGAGUAUCGGCUCUCGGACCAACAGGCUCCGAGACAGCUUACCCCCAAGCCAUAAGACUGCUAAAUAGCCAGACUGCUAAAUAGCCAAUUAAUGGUACCCAAACUAUCUGCACUGAUCCUACGCACACUCACUAGACUGUAUAUACACACCAUAUAAACACUCACUCACACACACUACAUUGACACUCCCACACAAAACCCACACACAUUCACAUACACUACAUACGCACACACACACAACACACACAUGCAGACGACAUAACAUAAACAUACAUACAUGUACAUUACACACACACACAAGCUCACACACACACACACUUUUACACUCAUCAUUUGCUGAUGCUACUCUGUUCUUUAUUUUACUCUUAUUAUUAUCUAUCCUGUUGCCUAGUCACUUUACCCUGCCUUCUUGUACAUACAGUUGAAGUCGGAAAGUUACAUACACUUAGGUUGGAGUCAUUAAAACUCGUUUUUCAACCACUCCACAAAUGUCUUGUUAACAAACUAUAGUUUUGGCAAGUCGGUUAGGACAUCUUUAUUUUAUUUUAUUAUUUAUUUAACCUUUAUUUAACCAGGUAAGCUAGUUGAGAACAAGUUCUCAUUUACAACUGCGACCUGGCCAAGAUAAAGCAAAGCAGUGCGAUAAAAACAACAACACAGAGUUACAUAUGGGGUAAAACAAAACAUUAAGUCAAAAAAUACAACAGAAGAUAUAUAUACAGUGUGUGCAAAUGUAGCAAGUUAUGGAGGUAAGGCAAUAAAUAGGCCAUAGUGCAAAAUAUUUACAAUUAGUAUUAACACUGGAAUGAUAGAUGUGCAAGAGAUGAUGUGCAAAUAGAGAUACUGGGGUGCAAAUGAGCAAAAUGAAUAACAAUAUGGGGAUGAGGUAGUUGGGUGGGCUAAUUUCAGAUGGGCUGUGUACAGGUGCAGUGAUCGGUAAGGUGCUCUGACAACUGAUGCUUAAAGUUAGUGAGGGAGAUAAGAGUCUCCAGCUUCAGAGAUUUUUGCAGUUCGUUCCAGUCAUUGGCAGCAGAGAACUGGAAGGAAUGGCGGCCAAAAGAGGUGUUGGCUUUGGGGAUGACCAGUGAGAUAUACCUGCUGGAGCGCAUACUACGGGUGGGUGUUGCUAUGGUGACCAAUGAGCUAAGAUAAGGCGGGGAUUUGCCUAGCAGUGAUUUAUAGAUGGCCUGGAGCCAGUGGGUUUGGCGACGAAUAUGUAGUGAGGACCAGCCAACAAGAGCGUACAGGUCACAGUGGUGGGUAGUAUACGGGGCUUUGGUGACAAAACGGAUGGCACUGUGAUGGACUACAUCCAAUUUGCUGAGUAGAGUGUUGGAGGCUAUUUUGUAAAUGACAUCGCCGAAGUCAAGGAUCGGUAGGACAGUCAGUUUUACGAGGGCAUGUUUGGCAGCUUGAGUGAAGGAGGCUUUGUUGCGAAAUAGGAAGCCGAUUCUAGAUUUAACUUUGGAUUGGAGAUGCUUAAUGUGAGUCUGGAAGGAGAGUUUACAGUCUAACCAGACACCUAGGUAUUUGUAGUUGUCCACAUACUCUAGGUCAGAACCGUCAAGAGUAGUGAUUCUAGUCGGGUGGGCGGGUGCCAGCAGCGUUCGAUUGAAGAGCAUGCAUUUAGUUUUACUAGUGUUUUAGAGCAGUUGGAGGCUACUGAAGGAGUGUUGUAUGGCAUUGAAGCUCGUUUGGAGGUUUGUUAACACAGUGUCCAAUGAAGGGCCAGAUGUAUACAAAAUGGUGUCAUCUGCGUAGAGGUGGAUCUGAGAGUCACCAGCAGCAAUAGCGACGUCAUUGAUAUACACAGAGAAAAGAGUCGGCCCAAGAAUUGAACCCUGUGGCACCCCCAUCGAGACUGCCAUAGGUCCAGACAACAGGCCCUCCGAUUUGACACAUUGAACUCUAUCUGAGAAGUAGUUGGUGAACCAGGCGAGGCAGUCAUUUGAGAAACCAAGGCUAUUUAGUCUGCCAAUAAGAAUGCGGUGGUUGACAGAGUCGAAAGCCUUGGCCAGGUCGAUGAAGACGGCUGCACAGUACUGUCUAUUAUCGAUCGCGGUUAUAAUAUUGUUUAGGACCUUGAGCGUGGCUGAGGUGCACCCAUGACCAGCUCGGAAACCGGAUUGCAUAGCGGAGAAGGUACGGUGGGAUUCGAAAUGGUCGGUGAUCUGUUUGUUAACUUGGCUUUCAAAAACCUUCGAAAGGCAGGGCAGGAUGGAUAUACGUCUGUAACAGUUUGGAUCUAGAGUGUCACCCCCUUUGAAGAGGGGGAUGACCGCGGCAGCUUUCCAAUCUCUGGGGAUCUCAGACGUUACGGAAGAGAGGUUGAACAGGCUAGUAGUAGGGGUUGCGACAAUUUCGGCGGCUAUUUUUACAAAGAAAGGGUCCAGAUUGUCUAGCCCAGAUGAUUUGUAGGGGUCCAGAUUUUGCAGCUCUUUCAGAACAUCAGCUGUCUGAAUUUGUGUGAAGGAGAAGCAGGGGGGGGCAUGGGCAAGUUGCAGCGGAGGGUGCAGAGCUGGUGGCCGGGGUAGUGGUAGCCAGGUGGAAAGCAUGGCCAACCGUAGCAAAAUGCUUGUUGAAAUUCUCGAUUAUUAUAGAUUUAUCGGUGGUGAUAGUGUUUCCUAGCCUCAGUGCAGUGGGCAGCUGGGAGGAGGUGCUCUUAUUCUCCAUGGACUUUACAGUGUCCCAAAACUUUUUGGAGUUAGUGCUACAGGAUGCAAAUUUCUGUUUGAAAACGCUAUCCUUUGCUUUCCUAACUGCUUGUGUAUAUUGGUUCCUAACUUCCCUGAAAAGUUGCAUAUCGCGGGGGCUAUUCGAUGCUAAUGCAGUACGCCACAGGAUGUUUUUGUGCUGGUCAAGGGCAGUCAAGUCUGAGGAGAACCAGGGGCUAUAUCUGUUCUUAGUUCUGAAUUUUUUGAAUGGGGCAUGCUUAUUUAAGAUUGAGAGGAAAGCACUUUUAAAGAAUAACCAGGCAUCCUGUACUGACGGAAUGAGAUCGAUAUCCAUCCAGGAUACGUGGGCCAUGUCAAUUAGGAAGGCCUGCUCGCUAAAGUACCUCUGGCCUGCUGGCCCCCCUACCUCUGUGGAAGCACAGUUCCCGCUCAGCCCAGUCAAAACUGUUCGCUGCUCUGGCACCCCAAUGGUGGAACAAGCUCCCUCACGAUGCCAGGACAGCGGAGUCACUCACCACCUUCCGGAGACACUUGAAACCCCACCUCUUUAAGGAAUACCUGGGAUAGGAUAAAGUAAUCCUUCUACCCCCCCCCCCCCUUACCCACCCCACCCCCCAAAAAUUUAAGAAAAUAAAAUAAAACAUAUUGUAAAGCUGUUAUCCCACUGGCUAUAAGGUGAAUGCACCAAUUUGUAAGUCGCUCUGGAUAAGAGCGUCUGCUAAAUGACGUAAAUGUAAAUGUAAAUGUAAAGUGUUAAAGGUAGCGUUUGACUGUGAUGAGGGGUGGUCAUUUGACCGCAGACCCGUUACGGACGCAGCCAAUAAGGCUACUUUGUGCAUGACACUAGUAAUUUUUCCAACAAUUGUUUACAGACAGAUUAUUUCACUUAUAAUUCACUGUAUCACAAUUCCAGUGGGUCAGAAGUUUACAUACACUAAGUUGACUGUGCCUUUAAACAGCUUGGAAAAUUCCAGAAAAUGAUGUCAUGGCUUUAGAAGCUUCUGAUAGGCUAAUUGACAUAAUUUUAGGCAAUUGGAGGUGUACCUGUGGAUGUAUUUGAAGGCCUACCUUCAAACUCAGUGCCUCUUUGCUUGACAUCAUGGGAAAAUCAAAAGAAAUCAGCCAAGACCUCAGAAAAAGAAUUGUAGACCUCCACAAGUCUGGUUCAUCCUUGGGAGCAAUUUCCAAACGCCUGAAGGUACCACGUUCAUCUGUACAAACAAUAGAAUGCAAGUAUAAACACCAUGGAACCACGCAGCUGUCAUACCACUCAGGAAGGAGACGCUUUCUGUCUCCUAGAGAUGAACGUACUUUGGUGCGAAAAGUGAAAAUCAAUCCCAGAACAACAGCAAAGGACCUUGUGAAGAUGCUGGAGGAAACAGGUACAGAAGUAUCUAUAUCCACAGUAAAACGAGUCCUAUUUCGACAUAACCUGAAAGGCCGCUCAGCAAGGAAGAAGCCACUGCUCCAAAACUGCCAUAAAACGCCAGACUAUGGUUUGCAACUGCACAUGGGGACAAAGAUCGUACUUUUUGGAGAAAUGUCCUCUGGUCUGAUGAAACAAAAAUAGAACUGUUUGGCCAUUAUGACCAUCGUUAUGUUUGGAGGAAAUAGGGGGUUGCUUGCAAGCCAAAGAACACCAUCCCAACCGUGAGGCAUGGGGGUGGCAGCAUCAUGCUGUGGGGGUGCUUUGCUGCAGGAGGGACUGGUGCACUUCACAAAAUAGAUGGCAUCAUGAGGAAGGAAAAUUAUGUGGAUAUAUUGAAGCAACAUCUCAAGACAUCAGUCAGGAAGUUAAAGCUUGGUCGCAAAUGGUUCUUCCAAAUGGACAAUGAACCCAAGCAUACUUCCUAAGUUGUGGCAGAAUGGUUUAAAGACAACAAAGUCAAGGUACUGGCGUAGCCAUCACAAAGCCCUGACCUCAAUCGUAUAGAACAUUUGUGGGCAGAACUGAAAAAGCGUGUGCGAGCAAGGAGGCCUACAAACCUGACUCAGUUACACCAGCUCUGUCAGGAGGAAUGGGCCAAAAUUCACCCAACUUAUUGUGGGAAGCUUGUGGAAGGCUACUCGAAAUGUUUGACCCAAGUUAAACAAUUUAAAGGCAAUGCUACCAAAUACAAAUUGAGUGUAUGUAAACUUCUGACCCACUGGGAAUGUGAUGAAAUAAAUAAAAGCUGAAAUAAAUCAUUCUCUCUACUAUUAUUCUGACAUUUCACAUUCUUAAAAUAAAGUGGUGAUGCUAACUGACCUAAAACGGGGACUUUUUACUAGGAUUAAAUGUCAGGAAUUGUGAAGAACUGAGUUUAAAUGUAUUUGGCUAAGGUGUAUGUAAACUUCCAACUUCAACUGUAUCUACCUCUGGUACUGGUACUCCCUCUAUAUAGCUCCAUUCUUGUAUUACUAAACUCUGCAUUGUUGGGAAGGGCUCGUAAGCAAGCAUUUUACGGUAAAGUCUACACCAGUUGUAUUCGGUGCAUGUGACAAAUAACAUUUGAUUUUAAACAAAAUGGUGGAAAGAAGAGGGAGCCAUUUAUAACUUUUUUAACGAUAUCUCCCCCUCCAUUCCCCUCCCCCAGACUAUUUUCUGCCUUUUGUCUGCCUUUUCUACUACCCCUCUCUAGCUGUCUGGACUAAUGCCUUUCUAAUUAAACCUCAGAUGAGCUCGCUCCUCUCCACUGCAUUAAAUAUGCAAACUAUCUGCACGUCAGACAUAUAAUUAUGCGAUUUCAAGGUGUCGAGCUCAGAAAUAUGGACUUGUUGUCGUGCCACGUGACAACUGUUGAAGAAGCGUCUCUGUAUGCGUUUGUGUGUAUUGCCUGUGUGCAUAUGUUUAACUCCACACCCCUGUACAGGUGAUAUUGGGCCUGCUGCUGCCUCCGUCCAUCCUGAGUCUGGAGUUCAAGAACAAGGAUGAGAUGUCGUACAUGCCCCAGGACCAGGACACCUACCUGCAGGAGAAGGAGGAGGAGGAGCCUGAGAAGCCCGCCAAUGAGAAGGAGGAAGAGGACAUGGAGUUCACAGUAAGAUCCUACUGUGAGACGCAGUACAACUCCGUGGUGAGAACACCCACCUCAGCCCCGCCUUCAGACUAUACACACGCAGGCUGCGUCUCAAAUGGCAGCCAAUUAGUAUUCCCUACUAUAUAGGAAAUAGGGGGCCAUUUCGGACGCACCCUUAGCCAGCAAAUAGACCCACAGUUAACAAACACACACCAUUAGUAUUGUCCCUACACACCCAUCCAAGCCUUGUCCCUAUUCUGACCAACCGGAGGGGCAGUAAGAACAGCCCUGCCCCGCCCCCAAACCUACCUGUCAUCCUGCUUCUCGUUUCCUGUCGUCUCGGCGAAGACGUGGUUGUGGAGUUGUAACGUCUCAGUCUGUUUGCCGCGCUCGGCUCCUUGUGGAUGUCUCUCUCUCUCUCUCUCUCUCUCUCUGUCCCUCUUCCUUUCCACCUCUCUCGCUUUCCCUCCUCUUUUGCUCUUUCCCUUCCUCUCUUCUCUCUUUCCCUGUCUCUCCCUCUUUCUUUCACUCUCUCUGUCUUUACCCCUCUCUCUCUCUCUCUCUCUCUCUCUCUCUCUCUAUCUCCCCCUCUCUCUCUCUCUCUCUCUCUCUCUCUCUCUCUCUCUCUCUCUCUCUCUCUCUCUCUCUCCCUCUCCCUCUGUUCCAUUUCUCUCCUAGCUAAGGUCUUACUAGAGGUAUGGUAUCGUAUGCGACUGCUGCCCCUCACUCUCCCCUGUGGCGCUGGCAACAGCGCAUCACUCCGCAUGCUGCUAAGAGAGGGUGUCUCUCAUCUGAUCUAUGGCAGCAGCUUCAGCUGCUCAGGUUACAUAACUGUGCCUGCCUGCCUAUCUGCCUGGUCUAUGCAGAUGCACAGUCUGUGGGUGCAUCCGAAAUGGCCCCCUAUCCCCUGUAUAGUGCACUACUUUUGAUCAGGGCCCAUGGAGCUUUAGUCAAAAAUAGUGCACUAUAUAGGGUGUAGGGUUCCAUUUCAAACACCGCCUGACUGUCUGAACACCCUCUCUCAAUGUAGAACAGGCGAUUGGUGACUCGGUCCAUCUACAUAGACAUUGCGUUACAUAUUGUCAUCUGCAUUCAGUCAGCCAGCCGGCACAAAUACUCACUGGCAACAGGAGUUUAUGAGAAUGCUGAUGAGAGUCCUUGAGACUCCCCAAAACACUCUGUCAAAGGAUUACAUCUGUCAUGAGCUCUUCCGCUUGCCAUUGUGAGCUGCUGGUUUCUGAUUGUUCAAAUGCAGCCCAGAACACAAACUAUAUGAAUCAGACAGAUUCAUACAAAUAGAUACUAGGCUACAAUACACCCGGGGGGGGGGGGGGGGGGGGGGGGGGGUAUGGAUUGUAUUGCAAGUCAACCUCAGAUGCCUCCAAAAACACACUUUAAUCCCCAACUCUCCCAGUCCAUAUGCAGUUAAAAUAUGCAUGUAGGUCGGCAUGGCAGUGUGAUUUUCACACCGCGGGGUGUCUCUCCCUUUUCCCCAGACAUGCAAUACAAUACAAUACAAUACCGUUUGCUGACUCCCCAAAGGUGUGGUGUAGUUUGGGCAUCCAUGAUUAUAACCUCUGGGAUUGACUCCCCCAUUAUGGAUGGCAAACUGUGUUAGAGUCUUAGAAAUGGACGUCAGACGUCUUUCUUUCUCCUAGCUGUCCUCUCUCUUAUUUUCUAUCUCUCUCUCGGUCUCUCUCUCUCUCUCUACUGUCCGUCACUGUCAUCCGAGACUCGAUCCAUAAGUGUCUGCGUCAUGUUUGUCAUCAGCACUCAAUGCCACUAACAUGCCACAUUCAGAAUGAGUUUGCCUCUGCUUGCUGCUGCUCAUGCAACUACGGUAUAGGAACAGCUCUAAUGCUCUUUCAUGAUUUCCUCCCGCUCUCCUGUAUUUUUGUAUCUCUCUCUCUCUCUCUCUCUCUCUCUCUCUCUCUCUCUCUCUCUCUCUCUCUCUCUCUCUCUCUCUCUCUCUCUCUCUCUCUCUCUCUCUCUCUCUCUCUCUCUCUCUCUCUCUCUCUCUCUCUCUCUCUCUCUCUCUCUCUCUCUCUCUCUCUCUCUCUGUCUAUCUGGGUGUGAUGCCCCAGGCCAUGCUGGGUAAGGUAAGGACGGAUGCGGCUCGUAAGAAGGGCGUGGGGGAGGUACAGAAUAGACACCGGCUCAUCCCCAUGGGCCGGAAGAUCUACGAGUUCUACAAUGCCCCCAUCGUCAAGUUCUGGUUUCACACAGUGAGUCUGCUUUUAGGGCUUGUUGCUACCUAGAACCAUAAAGUGUUUUUGGGGGGAUUAGAUCGUUUUCACAGAGAACCCAGUAGAUAGAUGCAGUGUGUGACACAGUGUGUCUCUUUCUAGGUCUCUGUCUGUGUCUGUGUGCAUUGUCUGUACAAGCACAACAUUUUAAUCUUCAUCUUCCAUUUCCCAUGGUGGCUCUUUCAGUCCACCAGUCCAAUGACACCACCAAAAGCCCUCCCCAACAGGGAGCGUCAUCUCUUAUUCAUGGAGAUAAAAAAAACACUCAAAGGAAAGCCGUUCUCUCCCUCCCUGUAACCGUAGGGUCAGAAAAACCCAUAUCAAAUUAAUGGAUUCAUUUUAGGAACAGAUGCACUGUAACUCGGUCAGGGAAUCAUCAUGAUCUGCUUUGCAUUCAAAACCAACCUCUGUGAUGUUUCCUCUCCUGCAGUAGUUGUCUUAUCUACAAAGCAGCCAUGAAAAUGAAUAUGAACACAGUCUUGUCACACUGCAUUGUAUUUUUUACCUCACUGCAGUUCAGUAGUGCAUUUUUUAUGGGUACAGUUAUGGGUACUAAAUAAGUUCAUUUUUGGCAAACUAUCACUUGUUCUGCCUAUACCGCGGUGCAACCUAACUUUUCUGUGCUAAAACAAUUUGAAUGCCCUCUAAGACUACUUAACCCUCCCGUUGUCCUAGGGUCAAAAUGACCCGCCACUGUGUUGAACCAACUUUAUUUAAUUUUUAUAUUUUUUGGAUCAUUUGUGAGAAGGAGGCAGUGAUACUUUCUUUAAAGUCUCACUGACUCCUUCUCACAAAUGAUCCCAAAAAUAUAAAAAUUAAAUAAAGUUGGUUCAACACAGUGGCGGGUCAUUUUGACCCUAGGACAACGGGAGGGUUAAGACCCACUUAUGACCCACACCUUAUGUCGUCUGUAAGACCGUCUGCAUGCACUGAAGACUCCCCACAUGCUCCGGGAGACCCUAAAACUGUGUGUUUGUCCCCAGAUGGCCUAUGUGGCGUACCUGAUGCUGUUUAACUAUAUUGUUCUGGUGAAGAUGGACUUGUGGCCCUCACCGCAAGAGUGGAUCGUCAUCGCUUACAUCUUCACCAAUGGCAUCGAGAAGAUGAGAGAGGUAGGGCAGGACACACAUAUACAGAGAGAUGGUUCAACUCCAGGAUUUCUCAUGGCUUUUUCAAUACAGUCAAACAUACACAGACACAAUACAGUCUAUAACACAGACACAUGCUAGAGAGGUGGGGGGAUUUGCACAUUAUGAAGUGUGUCAUUCUAGUCAAUCAACCACAGAUUUUCCAAUGCAAGAUCAAAUUAAAUACAGGAGAAAAAUUCCAGUGGCCAAAUGAAACUAUCCUACUAAGAUCCCUGCACUCUCUGUCAGCAUCCUAAAACAACAGAUAUUCGCAUUCGUCAUCAUUUCCAAACCUGUACCCAUUUAUGUAGAACAGAUUCUUCAGUGACCUUUUAUAGGCCUGCACUCUCACAUGGCCAGCACUCUGAAGUGCGUCUCUCUCUCUCUCUCUUUCCCUCUUUCUCCCGCUCUCUCUCCCUCCAUCCCUCCCUCCUUGUCUACCUCCCCCAGAUUCUGAUGUCGGAGCCGGGGAAGCUGUUGCAGAAGGUGAAGGUGUGGCUCCAGGAGUACUGGAACAUCACGGACCUCAUGGCCAUCCUCAUCUUCUCCGUGGGCAUGGUGCUCCGCCUCCAGGAGCCGCCCCUCAUGAGUUACGGCCGGGUCAUCUACUGCGUCAACAUCAUCUAUUGGUACAUCCGGCUGCUCGACAUCUUUGGCGUCAACAAGUACCUGGGCCCCUAUGUCAUGAUGAUCGGCAAGAUGGUGAGGGGGCGGAGUCUGUCACUGGCUGUGUGCACUUGCACACUCCCAGUCAUGGAUUUAACAACGGUGGAAAAUCCCUCCAGCCAAUGCUUACACCAGUCCAAUGCUUUGAAUACCAUGAUGUGGAGUGUGCAAAUGCAACAUUCAGGAGAAGGGCAGAGAAUCUGGAUGCAGCCUAUCUUUUGGUUUGCCUGUCUGUCCGUCUGUCUUUCUCUCUGUCUGUAUGUCUGCCUGUCUGUUGGUUGGUGUCUAAUGUUCUACUUAAUUGCUCACUUAAUGAGAAUGCUAUAAAGAUGAAUGAGUUAUAUAUUAGUUUAAAACAUUCUCCCUGUCUCCCUUUUUGUCAUCCUCUUUCUCCUCCCUCCCACUCCUUCUCUGUCUCAGAUGAUUGACAUGAUGUACUUUGUGAUCAUCAUGCUGGUAGUGUUGAUGAGUUUCGGAGUGGCCAGGCAGGCCAUCCUGAAUCCCAAUGAGGACCCGUCCUGGAUGCUGGCUCGGAACAUCUUCUUCAUGCCUUACUGGAUGAUCUAUGGAGAAGUGUUCGCUGAUCAGAUCGACCGUAAGCCCACAAGGGGUGGUGGAUGUGGGGGGAGGGAGGGAGGGGGUAAAGGGUGGUGGAGUGGUGGAGAGUCGAGCUCGGCGUGUAAGGCUGCCCGCUCCUCCAACACAUACACACACACUCAGCAGAAUAGCUGAAGUCAUCCAGGUGCUGAAAUGCCACGCACUUGGAACCUCUCAGUUCCCCCCAGGGGGAACUAUAUUAGUGCAACGAAAGACAUUGGUGGCCGGAUUGGUUCUUAUUCACGCUGGUCAUGCAAAUGUAAUAUUGCACAAAAAAAUACCCAUAUUAUAUUUUCUGACAACAGCAGAGGACAGAUCACUAACAACUCACAUUAUCUCAGUGAUGAGGUCAGGUGAUGUCUAACAGCAGGUAACAUUGCUUAGUAAUUUAGUCAUCGACUCAAAUAAGGUACAUGAUUGCUCUCUGAAUGCACCAUCUGUUUUGAGGGAGUGCGUGUGUGCGUGUGUGAGAGUGUAUAGAAUGGAAGGACUAGCCCAAAGCUGGAGAUCUGAAAUAAUGCUGUCAUUCUUUGUUUCAGAUGUGCAUAGUAGGAAGCUAAAGCACAGGCUGAAUUCAAAACUCUGGAUGAUCGAAAAUCAGUUUCGAGCUCAUGGAACCUGGCGUAAUAAUGGUCCAUACCAACAUUGCUAUGUUCAAUCAGAAUGCCAGUUAAUCGAUAAUUAGACCCACCCCCGUCCCGUCCCCUCCCUACACCAUUCCAGCCUCACUGCCAUACCAUCACUGCACCCUCAUCUAGGGGCUGCUAUUGAGUCAGAUAUGCACAUAGAGAUGGAUAGAGGGUGCACUUUCCAUAAAACCUGUUUUAGCAUUGAAGGUUUUCACCAUUUUAAUGUAGUCAACUGGGAGGGACUUUCUAUGGGUUGUGGAGGGAAGAAUUCCAUCCUGGUCAGCAGGAGGGAUCAUCCAAUGAUUUAUACUCCUGAGCAAACAUUCCAGCACUUCAGGUGGCAAUAAAUCACCAACCUUCGCUUUAUGCCUGUUCAGAUUAUACACACUCCUGCACAGUAGGUGGCAGUAUGCACCUUUUCCGUUUUUUUAUGGCCCGCCAAUGAACUCAUAAAAGUAGAAAAGAUGGAGAUAGCCCUCAGUGGCAAUGCCCAUGCUGUCACAGACGCUAUAAUGGCACAGAUAUAAAGAUGAGUCCUCUAUCUAUCUCUAUGAGAUAGCCCUCAAUGGAGAUGCCCAUGCUGUCACAGAUGCUAUAAUGGCACAGAUAUAAGGAUGAGUCCUCUAUCUAUCUCUAUGAGAUAGCCCUCAGUGGCGAUGCCCAUGCUGUCACAGAAGCUAUCAAUGGCAAAGAUAGGAGGUGUGUCCUCUUUACCAUCUCUAUGGUUAAGCAUGCAGCACGACAUACUGACAGGUCAAUAACUGUGUUUCAUGGCAGUAGCACUCUUGUUUGGUUUCAUUUGGUUUAUUUAUUUGUUUAUUUUGAUGACAUUACUAAAUCUCAAAGGAAACUAUCAUUGUUACAGACAUGCUCCUUUGACAUUAUCACUAUUUUGUUUUAUUUUGGAAAAGUAAGGCUGCCAGGUAAACCCAGUCAUUAUUGCCAUCCCCCAAUGUCAGCUCUGCUAUCACUAGAGAUUGUAACAUCCCUACAAUGUCAUCUAGACACGCAAACUCACAAUAAUGUACUCUCAACCAUACUCUCAUAGAUGCGCAAAUACUCAUACACACUUGAAAAUACAACCAAACAUACACAAACACACACACACACACACACGCAGAUUCGUAUAUAUAUAUACACACACACACACACACACACAAAUCAAAAGCGCACCUACACAUUUCAAAAGCACCCCUAAACUCAAAUGCACUUAGAUACAGAAUAUUAUUCUGAAUUUACACACACACACAAUCACACACAAACAAACAUGAACAUAUCAUACCCUGUCAUCAUCUGCAAUCUGUUUUUUCACGUGGUUCAGUUGUCAGAGUUUUUUACCCAAUUUCUUUGAGUGUAAAAUUGUGAGAUAGAGAGAUAGCAAAUUACUUCAGUUCUCUACCUUUGGGCUGCCUUGUGUGAUCAAUUGAAAUCCAGAGAUGAGUAUGAAUAUAAUGAUUCAUAGGCAAACAAACAAAUGAGCAUCCAAAGUGAAAGUGCUGAGUGUUCCCAUUAUAAGCCACAGCAACUGAACCAUCACUGAUGGAAAAAACGUAUGAUGUAUCUUAAAUACAUUUCAAUUGAUCUGUAGUAUAGUCAUUAUUCAGCUAGGCUAUGGCACGCAUGUGACAAUAUAAUUUAAACAUCAUGCCAUGUUUAAACAUAUUGGGAAUGUAAGUUAUUGACAAUAUAUUUUUGAAUAUAUUGUGAGAGACACAUUUCAGCACAUAACACCUUUCCAUUCUAGUGCUCACUCCUUCCUAUCCCCUCCAAACAAUAUGCAUAUAUACAGUAUAUUAUGCCUCUUGUUUGUUUGCUAAACUUGAAGAAUUUGUUGUUCUGUUUAUUUGUUGGUUUGUUUAUUUUAGAUGUCAGCAUAGUGAUUGUCUGUUCGGUGUGAUUGCCUGGGUUUGCUUGUAUGUAUGUUUUUAUUGUAUGUUGACAUCUUCCUUUAAUUUGAUUUUGUGUUCGUCUUAUGUUGGCUUGCUUGUCUAGUUGUUGUCUGUAUAUUAAUUUGUUUUGACACACAAUUGGCUUUUACAGUAUGUUUGCCUUUAUUUGUUAUGUUUGUCGGAGAAACUCUCUUUAGGCUGGCUACCCAUUUGUUUUGUCUUGUGACACAAUCUGUGAUACCUUGUGUGUCAUCCUGACCCUGUGGUUGUGUCAUUGUGCUUAGCUCCGUGUGGUCAGAAUAUCACCACAGAGGACGGGCAUGUUGUGGCUCUGCCGCCCUGUAAGACGGGAGCCUGGAUCGUUCCUGCCAUCAUGGCCUGCUACCUUCUGGUGGCCAACAUCCUGCUGGUCAACCUGCUCAUCGCUGUUUUCAAGUAUGUUCUCUCUCUCUCUCUCUCUCUCUCUCUCUCUCUCUCUGUCUGUCUCGCUCUGUAGACCUACACUCUCCUUAUGCCCACUCGUUUAUACAUAGCAGGGCCUUGUCCAGAAACAACCCCUAGCUCCUACCCCCAGACACUUGUGGAAAUCCGAGUCGAUUUUAAAGGUUUAAGCAAAUGUAUAUGUUUAGGCCAGGGAUGUAAACAAAUUUGUGCACAAAUUUGAGAGAAAUAAGCUUUUUGUGCGUAUGGAACAUUUCUGGGAUUUUUUAUUUCAGCGCAUUAAACAUGGGACCAACACUUUGCAUGUUGCGUUUAUAUUUUUCUUCAGUGCAUAUUCCAUCUGCAUAGGGUUGGUUUGACAUUUUGGUUGUUACUGUCUGUUGUCAUAGUAACACCUUCUUUGAGGUGAAGUCCAUCUCCAACCAGGUGUGGAAGUUCCAGAGGUACCAGCUCAUCAUGACCUUCUACGAGCGGCCCAUCCUCCCCCCCCCCCUCAUCAUCUUCAGUCACAUGACCAUGGUCCUCAAGCACCUGUGCUGUCGCUGGCGGAAGCACGACGAUGAGGAGAGAGAUUAUGGCCUGAGUGAGUACAGCCUAGAGCCAAAUCAUUUAGAAAUGUGUCCUUCCUUCUUUCCUUUUACCCUUUGUUGCUUUUCUUCAUCCUUCCAUCACAGAGCUCUUCAUCACUGAAGAUGAGCUGAAGAAAGUGCAUGACUUUGAGGAGCAGUGCAUCGAGGAGUACUUCCGCGAGAAGGAUGACCGUUUCAACUCCUCAAAUGACGAGAGGAUCCGAGUGACGUCAGAGAGGUUCGACAUGGGCAUACAUAAUCCUGUCAUACUUAAGUGCAACAUAUGAUGUAGGCUCAUACGGGGGGGACAAGGAUUCAGGAAAAGGACAAUAUAAUUGCUGUCACCCCCUCCCUAUCUCCCUCUCUCUCACAAGCUCGAGAGCGAGCCCGGCCCCGAGCGCUGGGCGGCGCUCGCCGCUCCGCGCUCUCCUCUCUCGAGAGAAGGAGAAAGGCGAGAGGAGAGGGGGAAAAGGGGGAGAGGGGGGGCGAAAACGAGAAAGAGGGGGAGAGAGAAAAAAGGGGAGGGGAAGGGAGGGGGGAAGGGGGAGAGGGAGGCGAGGGGGAAAAGGGGGAAAAAGGGGAGGGGAGGGGAAAAGGGAAAAGGGGACCCCGGGGCGGCGGGAGAGCGAGCAAAAAGGGGGGGAGAGAGCGAAAAAGGGGGGGAGGGAGAAGAAAGAAGAGGGGGAGGAGGAGGAGGCGAAAGAGGGGAAAAGGGGGAGAGGCGGGGCCCCCUUGGGGUCUGGGGUUGGGUUUUCCCUUUAAUUUCCUCCCCUUUCCCGUCUUCUCCCCACCCCCAACUUCUUUCCGGCUUCCCCUUUGUCCUUUUCUCCCCCCGAUUUCCUCCACUCCCCUUUCCUCCUUGUCCCCCUUUUCGCUAUCUCUCGCCCCUCCCCGACGGGCUCUCUCCCCAUUGCUAACUCGCCCCUCCCGUUUUCCCCCUCUUUUCUCUCCUUUUCUCUUCCCUUUUUUGUUUUUUUCCUUUUUUAAGGGUUUUUUGCGGGAUCAGUACAUGUUUAAAGUGGGGUUUAAAAUACGGGCCCAAAAACCCAAAAGGACAGUAAAAAAAAUUAAAACCCUUUACAAAAACCAAUGAAAAAGAGACUACCCUGCUGGCCUUACUGGGUGGAUAAAAAAUUACCCCGGGGGGGGGUUUAGGAGGGAAUAACCCUGGCAAAAAGGGAAUGUCUAGUUUGUUUUUCCUGCAGGGGAGGGGGGCCCUCCCUUAUCUCACCCUUCUCUCUUUUUCUUCUCCUCUCCACCCGCCCUCGGGCGCCGGCGGGCGCCGCGGGCCCCCGCGCGCGCGCGCGGCCCCGGGGCCGCCCGCGCGCCCCGGGGGAGAAAGAACAACAAAAAAGCCCUUCAAACACGCAACCAAAGGGUGUGUACAGAAACCCCCCCCAAAAAACCCCCAAAAAAGAAGAAGGGGUUUUUUAGAACCCGGGGGUUUGGGGAAAAAAAACCCUAGAAAGGCGAAAACCUAGGAAGGAAACCUAGAGAGGAACCAGGCUAUGAGGGGUGGCCAGUCCUCUUCUGGGCUGUGCCGGGUGGAGAUUAUAACAGAACCAUGCCAAGAUGUUCAAAAAUGUUCAUAAGUGACAAGCAUGGUCAAAUUAAUAAUCAGGAAUAAAUCUCAGUUGGCUUUUCAUAGCCGAUCAUUAAGAGUUGAAACAGCAGGUCUGGGACAGGUAGGGGUUCCAUAACCGCAGGCAGAACAGUUGAAACUGGAAUAGCAGCAAGGCCAGGCGGACUGGGGACAGCAAGGAGUCACCACGGCCGGUAGUCCCGACGUAUGGUCCUAGGGCUCAGGUCUUCAGUUGGCUUUUCAUAGCCGAUCAUUAAGAGUUGAAAACAGCAGGUCUGGGACAGGUAGGGGUUUCGUAGCCGCAGCAGAACAGUUGAAAAAUGGAAAUAGCAGCAAGGCCAGGCGGACUGGGACAGCAAGGUGUCAUCAUGCCCGGUAGUCCUGACGUAUGGUCCUAGGGCUCAGGUUUCUCAGAGAGAAAGAGGAGAACGAGAGAAUUAGAGAGAGCAUACUUAAAUUCACACAGGACACUGGAUAAGACAGGAGAAGUACUCCAGGUAUAACCAACUAACCCCAGCCCCCCGACACAUAAAACUACUGCAGCAUAAAUACUGGAUGCUGAGACAGGAGCGGUCCGGAGGACACUGUGGCCCCAUCCGAAGAAACCCCCGGACAGGGCCAAACAGGAAGGAUAUAAACCCCACCCACUCCGCCAAAGCACAGCCCCCCGACACCACUAGAGGGAUAUCCCCAACCACCAACUUACAAUCCUGAGAACAAGGCCGAGUAUAGCCCACAGAGGUCUCCACCACAGCACAAACCAAGGGGGGGGCGCCAACCCAGACAGGAAGAUCACGUCAGUAACUCAAACCCACUCAAGUGACGCACCCCUCCCAGGGACGGCAUGAAAGAGCACCAGCAAGCCAGUGACUCAGCCCCUGCAACAGGGUUAGAGGCAGAGAACCCCAGUGGAGAGGGGAACCGGCCUGGCAGAGACAGCAAGGGCUGUUCGUUGCUCCAGCCUUUCCGUUCACCUUCACACUCCUGGGGCCAGACUACACUCAAUCAUAUGACCUACUGAAGAGAUAAGUCUUUCAGUAAAGACUUAAAGGUUGAGACCGAGUCUGCGUCUCUCACAUGGGUAGGCAGACUGUUCCAUAAAAAUGGAGAUCUAUAGGAGAAAGCCCUGCCUCCCGCUGUUUUGCUUAGAAAUUCUAGGGACAUUAGGAGGCCGCGUCUUGUGACCGUAGCGUACGUAUUGGUAUGUACGGCAGGACCAAACUCGGAAAAGAUAGGUAGGAGCAAGCCCAUGUAACGCUUUAUAGGUUAACAGUAAAACCUUGAAAUCAGCCCAUUGCCUAAACAGGAAGCCAGUGUAGGGAAGCUAGCACUGGAGUACAUAUGAUCAAAUUUCUUGGUUCUAGUCAGGAUUCUAGCAGCCGUUAUUUAGCACGAACUGAAGUUUAUUUAGUGCUUUAUCCGGGUAGCCGGAAAAAAUAGAGCAUUGCAGUAGGUCUAACCUAGAAGUAACAAAUGCAUGGAUUAAUUUUCUGCAUCAUUUUUGGGACAGAAAAUUUCUGAUUUUUGCAAUGUUACGUAGAUGGAAAAAAGCUGUCCUUGAAACAGUCUGAUAUGUUCGUCAAAAGAGAGAUCAGGGGUCAAGGAGUAACGCCGAGGUCCUUCACAGUUUUAUUUGAGACGACCUUUUACAACCAUCAAGAUGAAUUGUCAGAUUAACAGAAGAUCUCUUUGUUUUCUUGGGACCUAGAACAAGCAUCUCUGUUUUGUCCGAGUUUAAAAGUAAAAAGUUUUCAGCCAUCCACUUCCUUAGUCUGAAACACAGGCUUCUAGCGAGGGCAAUUUUGGGGCUUCACCAUGUUUCAUGGAAAUGUAACAGCUGUGUGUCAUCCGCCAUAGCAGUGAAAGUUAACAUUAUGUUUUCGAUAAACAUCCCCAAGAGGUAAAAUAUAUAGUGAAAAACAAUAGUGGUCCUAAAACGGAACCUUGAGGGAACACCGAAAUGUACAGUUGAUUUGUCGGAGGGACAGGACCAUUCACAGAGACAAACUGAUAUCUUUCCGACAGGUAGGAUCUAAACCAGGCCAGAACUUGUCCGUGUAGACCAAUUUGGGUUUCCAGUCUCUCAAAAGAAUGUGGUGAUCGAUGGUGUCAAAGGCAGCACUAAGGUCUAGUAGCACGAAGGGCAGAGGGAGAAAACCUCGGUUUUGACGCCCUUUUUAAAAAGGUUUAUUUUCCACCUUCACAAGUGCAAAUCUCAGUGCUAGAGGGGGGCCCAAAAAACCCGAUGGGAAACAUUUCGUUUAAAAUUGGGUUUUUCUUAAAAAAGGGAGGAGUUGCUGCGCAACAGCUUUUUUUAAAAAAUUUUGGAGGAAUGGAAGAUUUUGAUAUAGGCCCAAGUUUUUUUUAUUUUUGGGUCAAGGGUUUUGGGUUUUUCAAGGGGAGGCUUAUCCCUGCCCCUUUUUGGAGUUUGGGACACAUCCCGGGGGAUAGGAGGGUUUUUUAUGUUUAACAUAGGGGGCCAAGCCAAAAAAAAACUCCCUUUAGCAGUUUAGUAGGGAAUAGGAUCCAGUAUGCAGUUGAAGGUUUAGAGGGGCCCUGAUUAUUUUUAUCUUGGUCAAAAGAUUAUAGUACUUAAAAAAAAUUUAAAUGGUUUCCCGGGUCCCCGGCCCCGCAGAGCUGUUUCAGAUCCAGGACAGCUAAGCCCCGGGGAAUACGCAGAUUCAAAGAGGUCGGAAUUUUUUUUUAAUGGUCAUGAUCUUUCCUAAAAGGGAAAUUCAUGAAUUUUUCACUGCUGAAGUGAAAGGGCCCUCCUCUUUUUGGGGAAAAUUUCUUUUUUGUUGCUUUGCAACAGUAAACAAAAAAAAAUUUUGGUUGGGUUUUUUAUUUUUUCGGAAUUUAAAUUUGGAAAAAAAUGGAUGUCGAGCCCGCAGUGAGGGCUCUUUUGGUUUCUGCAAAAGGUACGUCUUUCCAAGCUGUCGGAAAAAACUUCCGGUUUUGGUCUGUUUUUGGGGGCCCCCCAUUUCCGUUCCAAUUUCCCCGGGGCUUGUUCAAAAAAUCGGGUAUUUCUGUUUACCAGGGAGCUAGUUUUUAUGAAAAAUGUUUUUUGUUUUUAGGGGGUUUUAACUGCCCUCUAGGGUAUUUCGCAAGGGGGAAAUUUAGUUCCUCAGUUAAGUGGUUUUAAUGAUUUUUGUCCUUGGGGUCCUUGGGUAGGCCCGAAAGGAAAUUGGAAGGGCAUCAAUGAAAAUUUUUGUGUUUUUUAGAAUUUUUUCACUUGGGGAAUUUUUUUAAUUUUCCUCUCCCUCUUUCCUAAAAAGGGCCCCCAAAAAAGAGAGAGGAAGAAGGGAAGGAGUCGGGGGGGGGCGGGGGGGAAGGGGGGGGAGAGGAACCCAAAAAAAAGGGGGGAAGGGAAAAAAAAGGGAAAAAAGGAAGAAACUCAAAAAAAAAAUUAGACCUGGGGGGGGGAAAAAAAACCCCCGGGGGGGAAAAACCAAAAAACAAAAAAAGGGGGGAAAAAAAAGGGGGGGGGAAAAAAAUUUUGGGGGGGGUUCCUUUAAAAAAAACCCCAAAAAAUUUCUAUUUUCAACUCCCCCUUUCCCGUUUUAAAUUUUAUUUUUUUCAGUCCCAAAAUUUCCCCCCGUUCUCCUCCUUUUUCCUCUCCCUUUAAAACUUCCCCUUUUCGGGUUGGAGGAACAUUAAGGUUUUAAAGGGGGAUAAAGGAAAAAUACCCAAAAAAUUUGCCGUUCUUUUUUUCAGUUUCCCCCCUUUCCCAAUUCCCCACUUUCCCUUUACCCUUUUAAAACCUUUUGCCCGGGUUUUGGGGGUCCCUGCCGUUUUCCCUUCCCCUUUUUUCUUCCAGGGUUUUAAAAAAAACGGCCGAAGGGGUGGGGAAAUGGAGGCGGAGGGAAGGGCGGGGAAGAGGGGGAGAAACUUCAUGGUCUUCUCGCCUGUUCCCCUUCCCCCUUUCCCAAAUUUUUUUUUAAAAUUUUUUUUGGGCGGUUUUGGUGGAACUGGCCAGCCCUUGGGGGGGGGGGUGAGAGGCAAUAAGGCCCUCAGACCUUCAUCCCCGGGCCCGAUAAAAAUUUUGGGCUUACUGGCGGUCAAGGGGGGGUUGGGUGGGGGGCCCGAUGGGGCCCCCCACCCCCCAAUUUCCGAGCCCAGAGGGCCCGCUUGGCAACCCCCCAGACCCAGGAGGGGAAACCAAAACCCGGGGUCCCAAAGGGGUGCCCGAGGGCUCCAUGUCACCAAACCCUCCCCCACCAGCCUGGCCCCGGCAGGGAAGAAAGGGGCAAGGAAACGAAAGUGGGUUAAAACAUAAAGUUUUCUAAAUUUAUCUCGUUCUCUAUUAUCCUUCUCGCAUUCUGCUACUCCACUCCUCUUUCUCGUUCUCUCUCUCUCUCUCCCUCUUUCUCGUUCUCUCUCUCUCUCCUCCCUCUUCUGUCUCUCUCUCUCCUUUCUCUCUCUCCCUUUUAUUUUCUUCUCUCUCUUUACAUGUUGUUGCAGUAUCAUGUACAUGUUUAAAGUGAUGUUUAAAUACAGUACACAACAAAUUGACAGUACAAAAUUCAUAACAGUUACAUACCAAUGAAAGAGACUAGCCUGCUGGCCUUACUGGGUGGAUAGGAACAUUAGCCCGGGCUGUUUAGGAGGGAUAUCACACCUGGCACAAAUUAUUGUCUAGUUCUGUUUUUCCUGCAGUGGAGUGCCCUCCCUCUCUCUAUUCUCUCUCUCUCUCUCUCUCUCUCUCCUUUACUCUCUCUCUCUCUCUCUCUCUCUCUCUCUCUCUUGUGUGUCUCUCUCGCUCUGUCUCUCUCUCUCCCUUUUCUUCUCUCUAUCUCUCUCUUUAUCUCCUUUUUCUCUGUCUGUUUCAGAGUGGAGAACAUGGCCAUGCGUCUGGAGGAGGUGAAUGAGAGAGAACACUUCAUGAAGUCAUCUCUGCAGACUGUGGACAUACGGCUGGCCCAGAUGGAGGAACUGAUUGGUCGGAUCGCUGUGGCUCUUGAGCGAGUCACGGGGGUGGAGCGGGGCGAGGUCAACAAGGCCCGCUCACGCACCUCAUCCGACUGCACAGACUCGGCCUACAUGCUGCGUCAGGGUGAGUGCCCAGAUGCGGCUUACAUCCUGCGCCAGAGCAGCUUCAACAGCCAAGAGGGGAACUCCUACCGGGUCAAUGAGGGUGCAGAGGGCUCCAUGUCACCACCCUCCCCCACCAGCCUGGCCACGCGCACACGCAGUCACUCCUUCUACGCGGGCGGAGGUCGUGAGCGAGCUGGGGCCGACAGGGCUGAAAGGGCAGACCGUUUCCUCAAGGAGCGCUCCUUCAGCCUGCACCGGGCCAAUAGCUCACAGUCGGUGGCCUCGGGUACCGCCCCCAAGGAGUCUAAGCCCCUCCCACUGGCCACGCUGUCCAUCUCCCAGCAGCACCGCCCCUCUUCCUGCAUCGACAUCUAUGUGUCGGCGUCCGAGGAGGCGGGGCCAGCCGAGGUCUUCUCGGACCCGCUGAGGAUGGCCCCUCCCCUCUGGCAUGACUCCUCGCUCCACUCUGAGAUUAUGGAGGCGGUGCUGUCGAGCGGGAGGGACUACGGUGGCGGCAGCGGUUUGGGCGACAGACACUCGGAGGGUGGGGCCGUGUUCGAGGACAGUGCGGCUGCAGACCUUUCGCUAUGCUCCGCCCAACUUCUCCCAGAAAACACCAUGCCACCCUGGGACCUGGACCCCUCUCCGCCCCCGUCAGCGGGACCGCUGGAGCGCUCCAAGAGCAGCCGCUACCUGUCCACUGGCGGCAGGGGCUACCUAGAAGAGACUCAGCUGGUCAAGUCUCACAGCCUCAUGUUUACCCCACGAGGCUGCUACGGAGGCCUAGGGGCAGGGGUUCAGGUCAAAGCGGCUGAGUACACCAGCAUCACUGACUGCAUAGACACCAGGUGUGUCUCCGCCCCUUACACCACCACAGAGCGCUCCCACUCCCCCGGAGGCUCCACCUCAUUCCCCUUCAAUAAGCCCCCGGACAUGGGCUCCUCCCACCCAGAGCGCGAGGCCGAGCUCAGCCAUACAGAGUCAGACCCUGAAGACCCAGAGGACCUGGCUCCGGCCCCCGAACCCCAUCGCAUGGGGAGAGGCUUAAGAGGGGCGAGUGGGACCCCCUUCUGCUCGCCCUUCUCCAGGCUGGAACGAGCCAACAGCUGUUCCUCAGAUGACUCCUCCCACCCAUCAUUGGCCCCUCCUUCACACAGAAAAAGCCUGUCGGUCAGUGAGAGGAUGGAGAGGGGUGCAGACCGUGGGGGGCUGGGGGGACCCAGGAACCCCUUCCUGAGGAGCAAGUCUGGGGCGCGGCCCGACGCCAAGACAGACAGCCUCUCCAUGAGAAAGCUGACCACACACUCUGCGUACAGCAGCUUCGACAGCAGACACAACUACACGUGA